AUGCCGGACGACGCUGAUAUUCCUCUACACGAACUAAUGGAGCAGCCGCCUCCGAACCAACAGCCACAAGAACAAAAACCGUUAAUUCGUCUAGACCCACGAGAUAUUCAAUCUAUUAUUGAAGCGGUUAAAGCUGAUACGCCGUCUACUUCUCAAGCGCCUACUACAACGCAUUCAUUCAAGCGAGAGGGAUUCGGACGUCAGUUUGAUUUUAACAGUGCCAUUAUCAGGAAGUUAGCAUCGUUACCGAAGUCCACUGAGAGUAAUGCGAUUAUAACUGAGGUAAUACAGGACCUCACUGUCAGGAAUGAAACUCUGAAAAUCGCGGAUUCCCAUCCACAGGUGUUUCAGUUCCUGGACAGUAAGACGAAAUCUGACUCGCUUAAGUCAAUGGACCCCAGGCUUAGCGAAUUCAUGGAUUCGGUGAGGAAGAAGGAGCAGGAAAGUAGGAAACGGAAAUCUUCUCCCACUCCCUUUCGUGGGAGGGAAACAGCGUGGCGCCCUGUUUCCUUCGUUUCUCGCCCACCGAACAACUUUACGCCCAGCUGGGACAAAUCCUCGUCGGAUCGCAAGCCCUAUUAUUCAAGGCGUGACAGGGCUUCCGUUACUUCUCCAAAGAAGAGGAAAACAGAAGGAGAUCGACAUGUAAUCGCUGUGGAAGAGAGGGCCACUGGGUCAAGGAAUGUCCAGAUAACCAAUAGUGAGUUUUUACCAGGUUCUAUUCAUAAUUUCUAUCUGGAAUGGUUGGCUCUCGAGCCGUCUAAGCUGGUCUCGACCACUUCCCGUCCAAGCCAGUGGAAUUCGGGCAACAGAAAGUCGGCUCUCAUGCACAAAGAUUUCGUAACCAGAGAAAUUGCAGAGCUCCUCUCGACUGGAGUAAUACGCGAAGUCGACAGCGAUCCACACGAUAUUCUGCAUAUUCAUCCUUUAUCUGUGGCCAAAGGUAAAAAACUCAGAUUGGUUUUGGACUUAUCUCACUUAAAUAAGUUCCUACAUGUACCUAGAGUGAAGUUCGAUGACAUGAGUAGCGUUAUCGAUGUUUUGCCUGAGGGAGGGUUCAUGGCUACUUUUGAUCUCAAAGCGGGAUAUCACCAUGUGCGAAUUGAGGAAAGUCAUACCAACUUCUUGGGAUUCAGAUGGGAUGGCAGAAAUUACAAAUUUUUAUGCUUGCCUUUUGGAUUGUCUUCCGCACCCCAUAUCUUUACGAAAUUGCUUCGCACUUUCAUCAAACUGUGGAGAGCUCAGGGAAGAGGAAUUGCUAUUUACAUCGAUGACGGCAAUGUUUUCGAAAGGUCUAGAGAGGCAUGUGCAGAAACAGUUUCCAUUAUCAGGGACGAUCUCAAGCGUGCAGGAUGGUACUUUGCUGAGGACAAGUGCCACUGGAACCCUUCCCAAACCUGUGAAUGGUUAGGUUUUCAUAUUAACUUGUCUUCUAUGUUCAUUUCUGUAGCUCCUGAGAGACUAUCCAAGGCUAGACAUAGACUAGAAAUCAUAAGCGGAUUACCGAGUCCAUCAUUACAUGAUAGAUUACGUUGGGCCGGAACGCUGUCUUCCUUGCAUGUGGUCUUGAAAAUGAGGGACAAACGCAACACUAGGGCCGUAUGUCGUGAAAUAGCGGCAGCUCAAUCGCAGGGAUGGCCGCUGUCCAAGAAGUGGUUCAAAACCAAUGAGGAACGCCUCGAGCUACACUACUGGGCACAUGAAUUGCAAAAUAGCCCCCAGUUAUCCCUCAGACCUGGGGUGGAGGACAGGGCCUUUUCACACAUAAUAGAUGUAGAUGCAUCAGAGCACUCUGUUGGAGCUGUACUUCGAGAUAGCAGGGGAUAUGCGAUGUCCCAUACGUUCAGAGAGCUGCCACCAAAGCUCAUAGGAGAAUCCAGCACGGCUAGGGAACUUUUUGCAAUACAUUUUGCAUUAGAUACGUACAAAAACUCUAUAAAUCAGGUUUUGGUUCACACGGAUAGCCAAAGUGCCGUAGCUAUUUAUAACAAGGGAAGUUUAGGUUUAGACCUUCACCGACUGGCUGCGAAUAUCUGGGAGUUAGAAAGAAACUGCAAUAUACUCACGUUAGUAAGGUGGAUUCCUAGGGCACGUAAUCAUACGGCAGAUUGGGCUAGUCGACAGAUUGAUUACGAUGACUGGAGAAUAGCAGAUCAUAUAUUCAGAGCAAUUUCCCGCAAAUGGGGAGAACCCCGAUGUGACAUGUUUGCUAACGACAGAAAUGCACGCUGCGAAAAAUUUUUUUCCAGAUAUCAGUGCCCUGGAUCCUCAGGAACAGACGCGUUUGAACAAGUCAACGCAUGGAGAGACGGACUUUUAUGGUUAGUUCCACCGAUCAAUAUGAUUACAAAAACAAUUAAAUGGGCAAAAAUAUAUGGAUCAAGAGGUAUCCUUGGUUGUCCUCUGUGGGAAUCGCAGCCAUAUUACCCAACGAUUAGGACAGGCCAGUCGCAAUGGGCGGACUUCGUUGUGGACAGCGUAAUUUUUCCAGUGGGUACGAAAUUGUUCAAAGAUCCGCAAGCGCCGGGGGCGUUCGGGUCAGAAUUCUCUCUGUCGCCCUUCGUUUUUUUAUUGAUUGACUUCGGACAACAGCGGUUCAAGGAAGCAGCCUUCUUGGGGGUCAAGGCGGAACAGAUCGGACUGCCCCAUGUCAGUCAAGCCAUUAUUAAUGCAAUCAAUGCUGAUAGAGCGCCAUCAACAAUCAAGGUCUACACAGCAGAAGUGCAGAGAUUCAAGGCAUGGAAGAGCAGUCCUCACAUGCGCAGAAUUCCCUUACCGCAAGCUAGGAACCUUUAUCUAGCCAAAUGCUCGGCGGAAGGGAGACAUAGCUCGAUGCCAACAGUAGUAGCAGCAUUGAACUACUUCUGCGGGCCGCUACAAGGCGUAGACAAAGAGAUUCAAGGUUCUCUGCUAGAGGCGGUCAAGCGCACGCAACCCCCGCCCCAACACCGCACUAAGAUCCAGCCUAUCCACAUGGCAAAGAUAAUAAAUGUGGGGCUCUUAGAUAGCGAUCCCAAAGUCAUACAAGCGGCAGCGUUGGCCCUUAUUCAGUUCAAGGGGCUUCUUAGGAUCAGCGAGGCACAGAACUUGCGCAGGUCAGAGGUUAAGCACGUGGGAAAGGGGGAGUGGCAGGUGCGUAUCAAUAGGUCCAAGACGGACCAGUGCUCUAAAGGCGCAGUAGUCGCAUUUCGUUUCAGCGCAAGGGAGCAAGCCCUAUGGAGUAAGUACACAGCUUCCCUAGGCAGUGCGUCAUUCCUGUUCCAGUCGGGCUCCACGGGGUCACCCUUGGCAAUAUCUACCUUGCGGGACAGGCUUACGCACCUCCUCAAAAAAGCAAACCUCAGUUAUGCUAAUAUAACGUCACACUCUUUCAGAGGGGGGGGCAGCCACACAAGCGCUCAGUAUGGGAGCUCACCAAGUUCAUGUCAUGCAGGCUGGGCGCUGGAGAUCAUUGGGAGGGUUUCAAAAUUAUGUGGCACCGACACCUCUCCCCAUCUCUACUUCCCCCUCGUUUUGACUCGUUCUGGUUCACAUGUAUGUAUAUAA